CACUAAACCCCGCAGUUUAGUUGCACACUUGUAAUUCUGGCCUGUGCGCCUAACAUUACGCUAAAUGCUGUUGCCAGUUUCCUGCAGUUUACAAACCUAUUACCGUCUAGAAAUUCAUAAACUACCCACGAAUACCCCCCAAAUGCGUAAGAAAUGGCGGGUUGGAGAGCAUGUAAACAAUGUCGCUUUGCAAAACGGAAAUGCUCCCGCGUUGACAUCAAUAAACCGUGCGCACAAUGUCGAAAGAGACAAGUUCCUUGUUCCAAGGGCAUGAAAAUGACUCGAGAUGCAGACUUGUUACCUAGCCGGGGCCAAGACGGUCACUCGCCAACGCAGGACAGUUUCGACCUCCCACAAGAAGUCAUUGUCGGGCUCGUUGAGCAUUACAUCAAUAAGCUCCAUGACAGGCCGCAUAGCCUCUUCCAUCUACCCACGCUGCGGAAGCAGGUCCAAAACAGAGAAGUCAACAAAGCACUGCUUCUUGCGAUUUGCAGCUUAGGCUCGAGAUUUUCCGCAGAUCCUGAGAUUUGCUUGCUCGAGGAGCAAUUGACGGCUGAAUCGAAACGUCUGAUCCUAGCUGACUUGGAGAAUAUCUGUCUUGAGGGCAUUCAGACUUGUAUAUUGAUCGCCAAUUUAUGUGCGGCUGUUGCAAAGCCCUCGUCGGAGGCGCUCUUCUUUCGAAUCGCCAUCAGCAUGGCUCAAAUAAUGCAACUCACUGUUUUUAAACUUAGUGAUUCAGUGGUUGUUUGCGAAACUAAGAAGAGAAUUUGGUGGACCCUCUUUAUGGCGGACCGGUGGUACUCGUCUGGUAUCAGUCUUCCACGCCAAAUCAGCGACUGCGACCGACCAACUGAUCUGCCCAUGGAUGAGACUACAUUUCACACACUCGCCAUUAAUCAGAAAGUUCUGGAUACUCCCUAUAAGCCAGGUUUAUGGGCGCAUAUGAUUACUCUCGUGGAUCUCUUUGGGCCAAUCCAGGACCUAAGUCGACGCAUUGUCGAAGAUGAUCUUGACGAAAUCGACGUAGACAGAGCUACGCAUAACCUCUCGUGCAAACUCGACCUGUGGGAAGAGAUGCUUCCACCAGAUACGAAGCUAACUGAAGAAAAUCUCGAAGUACACAAGAAUCGCAACACAGGCGGAGCAUUCGUUGCCUUGCAUUUAGGAUUUCACCAUUAUUCAACUCUGCUACAUUUUCAUUACCUCGAUGCUAGGCAGGCCUCGCAUGAAGCGAGGUUUUACGCAGAGCGCUGCAAACAUCACGCCUUUCGCUAUAGCGAGCUGUUAAGGUUCGCGCGAGAACAUGAAGGUUUCGAAGCAGUGUAUCUCACUGUAGCUCAUAUGGCCGUCGUGUCGUCCUCAGUACUGGUGCACACACUCCUAUUCGGAGACGAGGACCAGAUAUCGACCGCUCGUAAUAGCCUAAACGCCAAUUUUGAGGCACUAAUCGAGUUGGAACAAUACUGGCCAGCUCUAAAAUCAAUGAUCAACCGUCUAGAGAUAUUCCAAAACAUGUGCCUUAUAUCGGCGAAUCAACAUACUCACACGCUUAAUCGGUGGAUGAUUCGUUUUUUGAUCGAGCAUGCAUUGCCUAUUGAGGAAAAGGUUUGGUCAAUUGGCGCAUUUACAACAGCAGAUGACCUCCAAAUCUUCUCUUCCGAGACUCAAAAGCUUACUGAGCAAGGACGGUUCACAAGCUUUCCUUUAUUGGAGUAGUCAGCAGCUUGAGAUGUAUGAAUAUGAAAAGUACGAAUUUUUGUUUGGAACAUGUGCGACAACGUAUUCCCGGCGUCAUAGUCCGAUCCAGCUCCUCACUGGCGCUUUAGUGUCCUGGUCACGGAGGCACAGGAAAUAACUAGAUACAAUGAGGGCUGGCGAUCUUAUAUUAGUACAGCGACAAUUGAUCAAGCCAGCUCCCAGUCAAUAGUCGCUGUACCAAGCCUUGCCUCCCACCAGCUUCGCCGCCAGCUUCAGCGCAGUUGGGCGUACCUGGGGCGAAGCCGAGCGUUUGAGUUGAGUUGAUCAACCAGCUCUGGGCCUGAGCUAGCACCAGGAUCCAGGUCUACAAAUAGUACGAAGGCCCGGUAGAUAGUUAGUUGUUCAAUUGACCCAAUUCCUACAU